AUGCAUGAACAAUCAGAUACAAGAACAACAUUGCCCCUAGCACUUGUGCUACUUCUAGCCAUCACACACACUCAAGCCGAAGCCGAAAAAGAGCCUACAGGUGCUGAGUCAAAGUCAGUAGAGCCUGCUGUAGAAACAGCAGCAGCUGAAGACAAAAAAGCCGAUGAUACCGAAACUACAAAAACGAAACGUGGUUUACACCACUACGAGGACUACCACCAUCAUCACCAUUUACCCAUACAUGAGGAAAAAACUUUAACUGUUAUCAAGAAAAUUCCAGUGCCUGUACCAAUUGAGAAGCAUGUUCACGUACCAGUUGAAAAACAUGUUCAUGUACCAAUCAAAGUAAAGGUGCCAAAACCAUAUCCAGUUGUUAAACAUAUACCAUAUGAGGUUAAGGAAAUUGUGAAAGUACCACAUGAAGUUCCAGCACCAUAUCCAGUUGAAAAGAAAAUACCCUAUCCAGUACAUGUACCUUAUGAUCGUCCAGUACCAGUAAAAGUUUAUGUUCCUCAACCUUAUCCAGUUGAGAAGAAAGUACAUGUUCCAGUCAAAGUACAUGUUCCAGCACCAUAUCCAGUCGAAAAGAAAGUACAUGUACCAGUAAAAGUACAUGUACCAGUAGAAAAACCAUAUCCAGUUGAAAAGAUUGUACACUAUCCAGUCAAAGUACCAGUUGAGAAACCAGUACCAUAUCAUGUAGACAAACCAGUACCUUAUCAUGUUGAAAAACCUGUACCAGUACCAGUUAUCAAAAAAGUGCCUGUACCUGUAAAGGUACCCUACGAACGUCCAGUACCAGUACAUGUCGAGAAGCCAGUACCUUAUGAAGUUAAAGUACAUGUACCUGCACCAUAUCCAGUUAUCAAGGAAAUACCAGUAAAAAUUGAGAAACAUGUACCAUACCCAGUUAAAGUACCCGUUGCUAAGCAUGUACCCGUGCACAUUGAAAAACAUGUACCCGAAUAUCACGAGAAACACAUCUCAUACAAAGAGCCAGAAUUUGUACAUAAGGAAAUAGAAGAACACCACCAUGUGCCCAUACAUCAUGAAGAACACCAUGAACAACAUUACGAACAUCACGGCUACGAAGUCAAUAUGACAGAAGUGACUACUUUUGCAGAAAUUGUGGUAUUUAAUAGAGAAGUUUCAAAUAGUAGUGAGCUAAAACAAAUUGAAAUUUAA